AUGAGUGAGCUCCUAUCAUACAUCCUUGACCACGAAGACGCCUUCCGCAGGGCUCGUCUACCGUCGUUAUACUCCGACUUCUCUCGUCAGAAACAGACAAAUCCCGAUGGAUAUAAUAGCAAUGUAACGGCAUGGCAGCGGGCUCUGGCGAAUGCCGCUUUAGCCGGUCAAGUUUCUUCUCUAUCCUCCAGCUCUUCCCCGAAGUCGGAUUCUCGGAAAGAUAGCCUAUCACCCAGAAACAACUUACUUGUCCUACGAACUAGCAAUGCUCUCAUGGUGGACCUGGAAACAAGAGAGUGGGGAAGGCCGCUAUCCCUACAGUGUGUGAUCGAUGAAGCAUUACGCAGUGGGCAUAUGAUGCUGCUCGAUACGUUUUUGAACAGUCAGACAAGUCCCUUCAGGAGUGGCUGGUUACGGUUACCUAGCCCUCCAAGUCUAUCACAAGUGGUCAUGUGGGGUAUGAAACAAGCGCAUGGGCUGGUUACAGGCUCGGAUAUCGAUAGUCUAGCUGGUACCGGAACGCUUCAGACGAGCGAGUUGGUACUUGUAGAUAAUGUCAAGCAAGCAGCAGGCAGGCUUAUAAAGGGGGUUGUUGGUCAUCAUAACUCAAGUGUUGACCGCAUAUACUCUAAAGAAAUGUUCAUGUUACAGUUCGCUCAUAUAUUUGGAGAAGAGACGUUGCUAUCUACGACGGAUUUUAAUGUACUACUUACGUUCCUUUCGAGAGAUAGGAAUAUUAUACUAUACGACGGAAAGACAGUGAAAUUUAGGGAUGCGAGUGAUACCACGGAUCGCAUCACUGAGGAAGAUGCAUCAAUUGCCUCCCUCAAGGCAACAAUUGCACGACUAACGUUGCAGGUGUCCACCUUGAGUGAGAAAAUAAAAGAGCUCACUGGCAAUGCGCAGAAAGCGCUCGCAAACAAAAAUAGGAUCCUGGCCCUAUCCUCACUUCGGCUCAGGAAGCUCGCAGAGCGCAACCUUCAACAGCGCACCGAUACCCUAUGGCAGCUUGAAGAGGUAUACUCUAAAGUGGAGCAGGCUGCUAGCCAAGUAGAUAUAGUGCGGGUUAUGCAAGCAAGCACUGGAGUUCUCCGGCAGCUUAACUCCCAACUUGGAGGUGUGGACAAGGUUGAGGAUAUUGUUGAAGAACUAAGAAAGGAAAUGGAUAAUGCGGAUGAGCUCAGAGGUGUUAUAAACGAGGCUGGACCGGUCAUCGAUGAGACUGAAUUAGACGAUGAACUGAAAGAGCUGGAGGACCAGGAGCGUGAAGCAAGAGAGGAGAAGGAUGCGGAAGAAACUCGGAAACGUCUAGCGGAGCUAGAAAAGAACCAAGGGGUAAUAAAAACUCCUGCCGCUCGCGCCACUGAUGAUGAUCUAGAAGAGAGCAUUGACAAAUUGUCGCAGAUGGCAAUUGGCGACCACCUAACAGCAAGAGCGAAACAGAGCACCAAAGCUCUAGCAGAAACGAUAGAGUAG